GAGGAGAAGUGCCGUACACAACGCUGGCGACCCGGCUGAUGAUGGGGGCCUGGUGGCUUUUUGCUUUGAUCGUUAUCUCGUCCUACACGGCCAACCUGGCGGCUUUCCUCACCAUCACGCGCAUAGAGAACUCCAUCCAGUCUCUCCAGGACCUCUCCAGGCAGACGGAUAUUCCUUACGGCACCGUCCUGGACUCGGCUGUCUACGAGCACGUGCGGGUGAAAGGCAUGAAUCCUUUUGAGAGGGACAGCAUGUAUUCCCAAAUGUGGCGCAUGAUUAACAGAAGCAACGGCUCCGAGAACAACGUCUUGGAAUCCACCGCGGGCAUCCAAAAGGUGAAGCACGGGAACUACGCGUUCGUGUGGGACGCCGCGGUGCUGGAGUACGUGGCCAUCAACGACGCGGACUGCUCCUUCUACACGGUCGGGAACACGGUUGCAGACAGAGGCUAUGGAAUCGCUCUGCAGCACGGCAGCCCCUACCGAGACGUCUUCUCCCAAAGCUUCCUGAUUUUUGAGAUGGGCGUUCAUUUCCUCAGAGAUAUAGGGGAUUAUACAUUUCUCUAG